CGAAGGAUCUGGUGCUUUUCUCUGAUGGGGGGACCUCCACUGCCCCAUGGAAGAACUGUCUGGAGACAGAAGAUAGGAGGGACUCUGCCUAGCCUGAAACCCUGACAAGACCUCGGAUUCAUAGGAGAGAAGUCCUGUCAGACCACUAACUCCUGGGGCCUUCAAACUGAUAAACUUUCUUCUGAUGUUGAAUAUCAUGGCUGACCCUGCAGUGGAAGAGCAGGUCUCCAAAAUCAGUGAACUUUGCCAUAAAUGUGGCCAGUGCCACCUGUUACAGGACAAUCAUCUUUAUAACUUCCAAGAUGAAGUAGAUGAUGAACUGGUUUGCCAUAUCUGCCUUCAGCCUUUGCUCCAGCCCAUGGAUACACCCUGUGGACACACAUACUGUUUCAAGUGCCUUGAGAACUUCAUGAAGGAGUAUAACUUUUGUCCCAUGGAUCGGAAAAAACUGAGUUUCCAACACUGCCGGAAGUCUAGCCUUCUAGUGAGAAACCUGCUGGAUAAGUUGACUAUCCUCUGUCCCUUCCAGAAAGAGUGUCAGCAGACUAUGCAGAGGUGUGAACUAGAAGCCCACUUACAGAACAGGUGUCCGGGCUUCAAGAAAUACAAAUCCGAUAUAGAAAGGAGAAAAAAUUCACAUUCCAGAGGCAGGGAAGAUCCCAUUACCAGGGAGGAAACGAAUGCUGCCAGAGAGGCAGAGCUAUCAGACAGAGCAUCAUCGCUGGUGGCAGAAAGCUCUGUAGCAGCUGUGGUAUCUCUGGGGACUGUGGAGCCUGGACUCGUUAAUCCAGCCUUUGAGGAGGGUGAAGAAGGCGACCUGCCUCAGAAAGCUAGUCUUGUGGCUGAAACAAGUAUGAUUGAAAUUCAUCGAGAUGAUCCAGAAGAAGAACUGGGAAUGCGGAUAGUUGGGGGCAAAGACACCCCUUUAGGGAACAUUGUUGUUCAGGAAGUCCUUCGGGAUUCUGUUGUUGCUGCAGAUGGAAAAAUAGCACCUGGAGACCAUAUCCUUGAGGUAAAUGGUAUCAACAUCAGCAGCGUGACUCAUUGCCAAGCUAUCUCCUUGCUGCGCCAUCCAGGUCCUGUUCUUCACCUUAUGGUCCUGCAGGAAAAAGGGUUUUCCAACAGGACUCUCAAACAGGAUUCUAGCCCUGCUGUUAACCGGGAAGUGAUUCACGUUACACUGAUUAAGAGAGACCCAUCUGAACCCCUGGGAAUCAAACUGAUUAGGAAGACAGAUGAGGCAGGGAUUUUUAUUCUGGACCUGCUUGAUGGAGGUUUGGCAGCCAAAAAUGGAAAGCUGAGUCGGAAUGACAAAGUUCUCUCUAUAAAUGGCCAGGACCUGAGGCAGGGAACACCUGAGACUGCUGCACAGAUAAUACAGACCAGUGAGGAAAGAGUGAACUUUGUGGUCCUAAGGCAGUCUGAUGUACAGAUGCCAGAAGCUGUUGAAGAUGGUGGCACACCAAACAGUAGCAGCAGCAGCAGCAGCAAUGGAGGGAGUCCAGUGCACCAUCGGAGGAGACCUGACCAGAAUCAUUACAGACGAAAAUCAAACUACCAAAAAGAUCUACUUCAGGGAUACCUCAUCCAGGAAAAGACCAUCGCAAUAAAAAAGGAGUUAAAGGAAUCUUUGGGAAUAACUAUUGGAGGUGGAAGGGACAAUAAAAACAAACUUCCUAUUUAUGUAACUAGCGUGCAACCCAUUGGAUGCCUCUUCAGGGAUGGCAGGAUCAAGAGAGGAGAUGUGCUUUUGAAUAUAAAUGGCAUCGAUUUGACUCAUCUAAACUACUAUGAAGCUGUCUCUGCACUGAAAUCCAAUGCAGCUUCCCACACUGUAGUGCUGAAAGCCCUGGAAAUCCUUGUACCAGAGAGGGUGCCAGAACCCACAGACCCUUCCUCUGAUAUCAGGGAACACGGAUUCAGUUGGUCACCCCUUUGGAUUACAUGGCUCGGAUUACCUAUCUACCUUCACUGCUGUCAAGAUAUUGUCCUUCGUAAAAGUAACUCAGAAAGCUGGGGAUUCAGCAUUGUUGGAGGCUUUGAAGAAGGCAAAGGAAACCAACCAUUUUUCAUUAAAACCAUAGUGCCUGCAACACCUGCCUUCCAUGACAGAAGACUAAAGUGCGGAGAUGAAAUAGUGGCAGUAAAUGGAGUAUCUGCUGUAGGAAUGAGCAACUCUGAGCUAAUUCCCAUGCUGAAAGAACAGAAGAACAAAGUCACUCUUACAGUUGUGUCUUGGCCUGGAAGUCUUGUGUAAACAUCAAAGCCAAAUCCAUGUUCACUUGAUUUAUGAGUCUCUUUAGGACCAGAAGAUCAUUAGAUUGAUGGGAUAGCAAAACAUGUGUCAGGCAUACCAAGGAAACCCUGAACUUUUGUCAUAUAAUGUGUACUAUCCAGUAGGCUUUCAUUUCCUAUUUGAAGAAAACAUUUCCAGACCUUGAUGAAGGCAAAUGUAGCUUGUUGAUAUAUCUAAAUUUUAGAUCCAACAUCGUAGCAGAUUGGAGCAGCACUUUCACUAACUUCAUCAUGGAGUUCUAAUCAGUACAGGAUUAGUGUGGGGACAGUUAUUUUUCCAGUGGUCCUAUAUGAAUUGUGCAUCUCUAUUUUGAGCCAGUCUCCUUUUUUCCCCCAAAUCCUAUUUUAGCUGUGCCAAACCAAUGAUUGUAACUAAAACUUCCUUAAUCUCCUAAAAUAAGAGCAAUGUUUCACACACUGGUCAAGUGUCGCUGCUUGGCUGGUGUACUUGGACAUGCCAUUUUCUGUUUUUAAAAGCCGCUAAUAAAACGAAAUACGUGGACUGAUAAAAUGGUUCAUUACGCAUGGUGUUUACAUUUCUUGCCCAUAGAAGUCUAGUAUUUUUUCAACCCUUUUGUUGUCAGGUAGAUUAAGAAUUCCCGUUAGUGCUAACGCAUUGUGUUGGGUUGUGCAGAAAUCCUUACUCCUGGUGCUAGUUAAGUGAAUUGUUAGAUUUCUAACUCUGCUCUCCUUGCCUUGUGAUUUUACUAAAACCAUCUUUUAUUAUGUAGAAAUGGGCUGUCUGAACAUAACGGGCUCACUUAUUCCCAGAAAAGUCUGCCGCCAGGAAGUAACCCCAUUGCUUUUAUGCAUAGUUUGACAGUCUGAAAGUGAUGAUUUUUGCCUCUCCUGUUCACCACUUUUCCCUCCCACCCAGCAGAGCUAAGAAUAGGGUAGAAUGACAUGACCAAAUUAUAUACCACCACCUUCAGCCACUGUGAAAUGAACUACCUCCAAAAGGACAGUAUCCAUUUUGGUUUGUGGUCUUCAUGCAGUAUAUUUAGGCUUAGCCGAAUUUUAUUAUUAUUAUUUUUAAUAAUUUCAACGGAUAAGAUGUUUAAGCUUUUUUAAAAAUCUUUCAGUUUUCAGUUGCAGGACAUUAGGGGAAAGGCUUAUAAUUUAAUGACAGACACAGAUUUAAAAAACGAAAGCUUUAUAAGCCAUUUAAACACCAAUUGUCAACAGCACAUGUCAAAAUAUACAAAGAAAAUAUUCUUCUCAACUUGCUGGGUUCCAGAUCCCAGGGGUACAUCUACACUGUUAUUUUUAGCCUUCUGGGAGCCUAAGUCAGCUGCACCAGGCUCUGAAACUCUCUGCUGUGGUUUGUUGUUUUGUGUAGAUGUACGCUAGAGUUCUCAAGCAGCAUUUUUCUUUCGUGGCUUAUCUGUAAAUUACAGUUACUGCUGGAAAUGUCAGUUUGUGUUUGUGUAUGGUGAAAUAGAUAGCUACUGAUGAUCAGAUUCUUCCAAGCCUAACUAUAUAGUAGAAUUUAGAAGCCUGAGGUAUAAAGCUAUUUUGGCUAUCAGACAUUGAUAAGCUGGGCUUUUUCGAAAAUUCAGAAUAUAGUAGUUAUUCCUCAAAUAUUACUUUUAAUUCUAAUCCCUAGUAGAAAUGAUUAACAGUGAAAACUCUCAAACAGAAAACCAUUUUAGAUAUGCUCUCUCUACAGCUUUCAUUCUGACCAGCGUGGACCAUAAUAGAAAUUAAAGGAAACUCAUUUCUUACAUCUCCCCCUGUACAAAUACUAGCUAGAGUGAUUUCUUUUUAAAAACAUAAUGGAGUAGGAGCUCCCAUCUUCUUAAGCAGAGCCUUGCAGGACAGAGCUGGCUACUUGUAAAUUAGCCAUUACAGCAGAUCAGAGUUCUGGUCCUUGCUAGAUUAACAGUUUACACACUAAGGGCUUGGCCACAUUGGAGAGUUGCAGCGCUGGUGAUGGGUUUACAGUGCUGCAACUUACUCACCGUCCACACUUGCAAGGCACAUA